CCCAACCCAGCCGGCCACAUCUGGCGGCUGCCCUCCCUUGUUUCCGCUACAUCCAGACUUCCUCCGGCGGUGCCUGGAGGCUGUGCAUCUGGGGUUUUUAAAGGACUGACUGCCAGGACCGGCGAGAGCAGGCGGCUGCGAAAGGGAGCGCGGGGGCCGGACCACGCGCCUCUGAGCAGAGCCCAGCGGCCCUUCAGAGCGCAGCGCAGCGGCAGGGCAGGCGCCAGCCGGGCGGGGACGCAGCCUCACUAGCCUGCCGAACCGCACAGCGACCCCCCGGGAGGAGCGGAGCCGCGAGCUCUAUGACCCAGGCGCCUAUGGCUCUGGGCGCGCUCUCCCGCGCCCUGCGGGUUGUCUGCGUGCUCAGCUGCUUGCUGGGCCCCGCCAGCGCCAGGCCAUCACCCAUCAUCAAGUUCCCUGGAGAUGUCCCCGCCAAGACAGACAAAGAGUUUGCGGUGCAAUACCUGAAUACCUACUAUGGAUGCCCCAAAGAGAGCUGCAACUUGUUUGUGCUCAAGGACACAUUGAAGAAGAUGCAGAAUUUCUUCGGACUCCCCCAGACGGGUGAACUUGACCAAAAAACCAUUGAGACCAUGCGGAAGCCACGCUGUGGCAACCCUGAUGUAGCCAAUUACAACUUCUUUCCUCGGAAGCCCAAGUGGGAAAAGAACCUGAUCACAUACAGGAUCAUUGGCUACACACCUGAUUUGGAUUCUGAGACAGUGGAUGAUGCCAUUGCACGUGCCUUCAAAGUCUGGAGUGAUAUGACCCCGCUUCGAUUUUCUCGGAUCUAUGACGGAGAGGCUGACAUCAUGAUCAACUUCGGCCGCUGGGAGCAUGGAGACGGAUACGCCUUUGAUGGGAAGGAUGGGCUCCUGGCUCAUGCCUUCGCCCCAGGCCCUGGUUUUGGGGGUGAUUCCCACUUUGAUGAUGAUGAGCUAUGGACCCUGGGAGAAGGACAAGUGGUCCGUGCGAAGUUCGGGAACGCUGAUGGAGAGUACUGCAAGUUCCCCUUCCUGUUCAAUGGCAAGGAGUACAACAGCUGUACCAACAUGGGCCGCAAAGAUGGCUUCCUCUGGUGCUCCACCACCUACGAUUUUGACAAGGAUGGAAAAUAUGGCUUCUGCCCCCAUGAAGCUCUGCUGACCAUAGGUGGUAAUGGUGACGGACAGCCCUGCAAGUUUCCAUUCAAAUUCCAGGGCACCUCUUACAACAGCUGCACCACGGAGGGCCGCACAGAUGGCUACCGUUGGUGUAGCACCACUGAAGACUAUGACCGUGAUAAGAAGUAUGGCUUCUGUCCAGAAACUGCCUUGUCCACUAUUGGCGGGAACUCAGAGGGUGCCCCCUGUGUCUUCCCCUUCACCUUCCUGGGAAAUAAAUAUGAACACUGCACCAGUGAGGGCCGCAACGAUGGGAAGAUGUGGUGCGCUACUACAGAAAGCUACGACGAUGACCGCAAGUGGGGCUUCUGUCCUGACCGAGGGUACAGCCUAUUUCUGGUGGCUGCCCAUGAGUUCGGCCAUGCAUUGGGACUGGAGCACUCCAAGGACCCUGGAGCCCUGAUGGCACCCACUUACACCUACAUUAAGAACUUCCGUCUGACCUAUGAUGACAUCAAAGGCAUUCAGGAGCUUUAUGGCGUCUCACCUGAUCUAGACUUGGGCACUGGUCCCACCCCCACGCUGGGCCCUGUCACUCCUGAGAUCUGCAACCAUGACAUUGUCUUCGAUGGCAUUGCUCAGAUCCGUGGGGAGAUCUUCUUCUUCAAAGACAGGUUUAUCUGGAGAUCUGUGUCACCACAUGACAAACCCAAAGGGCCACUGCUAAAGGGCCUAUUCUGGCAUGAGCUUCCGGACAAGAUUGAUGCUGUUUAUGAGUCUCCUCAGGAAGAGAAAGCUGUGUUCUUUGCAGAGAAUCAGUACUGGAUCUACUCAGCCAGCAUCCUGGAGCCAGGGUACCCCAAGCCACUGACCAACCUGGGACUGCCCCCUGAUCUCCAACGAGUAGAUGCAGCAUUUAACUGGAGCAAGAACAAAAAGACUUAUAUCUUUGCCAAGGACAAGUUCUGGAGAUACAAUGAGGUGAAGAAGAAGAUGGAUCCCGGCUUUCCCAAGUUGAUUGGAGAUGCCUGGAAUGCCAUUCCUGAUAACCUGGAUGCAGUGAUGGACGUUCCGGGCAGCGGUCACAGCUACUUCUUCAAGAACAAGUUCUACUUGAAAUUGGAGAACCAGAGUCUGAAGAGUGUGAAGUUUGGAAGCAUCAAAUCUGACUGGCUGCACUGCUGAGCUGACUCCAGCUCCCACAAACCUUUCCUGCCCACCUCCUGCAUACCAGGCCCCAAGCAACAGCUAAGGACCCCGAUGGGCCUAACAACACUCAGCUCUGUAAUCCAUGGGCAUUCUCACUCCCUACCUGGUAAUUUAAGAUUCCAGUGAGUGGCUCUGCCCUGUGCCUAAGGAAAGGUGCUGAUCGAACCCCUCCCAGAGGUCCCUACCCUUUCUCUACCGUGCUGGCCCUCCAGAACCAUCCCUACAGAGAUGCUUUGAUAUUUUCAAUGCAGCCCUGCCUUGGGCUGCCCUGGUGCUGCCAUAUUUCAGGCUCUUCUCCCUCCACAACCUCUGUGGUUCACAAGCACCCUUGGAACCACCAGAGACUAUCUCAAAAGGGAACUGGUGACCCGACAGUGUGGCCUGACAGGGGGCAAUGGGAGAAGGAUCUGGCCAGGUGCUCAGCCCAGACACCUGGCUUCUCACUGCUGGCUGCCUUACAACCUGCUGCUUCCCCCACCCCCAGGAGCCAUCUGCUUCGUGUGCACUUUGUUAUUUCCUCUGGAUCAUUUUGUUUGUUUGUUUUUUCACUUUCAUACUUUGAAAAAAUGUAUUUCCUGACAGAAAGACCCAGGCUGCCUUAGGUCACCGCACAUUGCGUCUCAAACCAGGUAGUGCUGACUCCCUAGUUCACUCUAUUUAGUAUGUCCCUGCCCCAUCACUUCCUCCACUGGAUGGAGGGAAACCAAGAUGCCCUCUCCCCACCCCCUUCAACAGUUCCCCAUGGGAAAUGUCAACAUGUAUGAAUAAAGACACCAAUUGUGUGGC